CAGCCUGACUUGGUUUUGUGCGGAUAAUACAGUUAAUAUCACCAUUUUCCUCCUGUUUUAAGCUGAUACAAUUGAUUUUUAUCCAUAAUGAACCUGGUGAAAGGCUCACAAAAUAUCAGCAAAAAAAGAACAUUUGAGGUUGACGAAAUGCCUCAAAACGGUAAUCGUGUGAUUGACAAAUCAGGUCUUGAUGAUCGAAUACCAUUUACAACAGAACCCAGUGAUGAAUUGAAGAACGAGGAAUUCGUAGAUGGUUUAGAGUGGAAGGACGGUAUUGGUACAUUACCAGGCUGUGAUGAUUUGAAGUUUCGAAAAAACGAAUUCGGCGUUGUGGAGUUGAUAACCGACGACCAAGUGGUAGAUAUGAAUGGGACAAACUAUGAUGACGUCAGAGAUACUACGCUUCAAGAUGGCUCCCAAUUACCAGAUAUUUGUCGAAAACAGAUAUUGGGAUCAGACAUGCUAAAUCUUUCAACGGAUUCAAAAAAAUCGGAAGAUGGAUCGAACAUAGAGAUAGUCAGCGUCAGGUCUGAAGCGACCAUGAUGAAAUGCUCCGUCUGUGGACAAACGGGAACUCACAAGACCUUUUACGGUAGAUUUUGUAGCAGAAAAUGCGUUGCAAAAAAUGCGAAUAGUUACAGAGCUUCAAAUCAACAUUUGCAAGCAGCUAUGAAACAACCAUCCAAGUCAAUUCCAACUUCAGGGGCAUCUGUUGUUCACAGCAACAAUAACAACGAAAAUGAUUUGAAGAUUAGGAUUCGCCUGUCAUCAUCAUCACCUCCCACAGAAAACCACAGUUCGUAUAAUAAAAAGAAACAAAUAGAAGCGACGAUUCAAACUCAGGGAAUGACUGAACGCCGAAAGAAUUCCUUCAUCUGGUCGGAGUACAUCAUGGAAAAUGGAUCAGUCAUGGCACCCGCGUCUGCCUUUCAAUCUCUGACAAAAAAAAAUCCGUUCCCCGGAACUAAUCAGUUCAAACUAGGGAUGGCUUUGGAAGGAAUCGAUCCAAUUCAUCAAACGUUAAUCUGCCCACUUACAGUCACAGCGGUGAAGGGCUUUAGACUCAGACUGCAUUUUUGUGGAUAUAGCGAAAGUUAUGAUUUUUGGGUCAACGCCGAUAGUACUUUGAUCUUUCCUUGUGGAUUUUGCGAACAGACUGGUCGAAAACUGGAACCGCCAAAAGGUCAUUUGUCUGAAAACUUCGUCUGGGAGAAAUACUUGAAAAAAUUCAGACUUUACGCGGCACCUGACGUCAUAUUUUCCGUCAUCAGUGAGGAAAAAGAUAGCUCAUUCAAACCAGAAGAAAAACUCGAAGCGGUCGACAAACACAAUCCUGAUUUGGUAUGUGUUGCCACAGUGAGCGAUGUGAUUGGGGAAAACAUAUUAAUACAUUUUGACGGAUGGACACAUGAUUUCGAUUACUGGUGCACUGCAUCAUCUUGCCUUAUUCAUCCAGUUGGUUGGUGCGAGAAGGAAGAAAAAGUUUUGACACCACCAGAGGGAUAUCUCCACGGCAACUUUUCGUGGAAAAAAUACAUAGAAGAAUGUGGUGCAUCUGCUGCAAAUGCUGGAUCAUUUCAUAAAAGAGAAAAACAUGGGCUAAGAACAGGAAUGAAGUUAGAAGUUGUUGAUCCAAGAAAUCCUAUUCUUAUUCGCGUUGCUACCAUAAUUGAUAUGAGCGAAUUUAGAAUCAAGAUUCAUUUUGAUGGAUGGAACGAUGUUUACGACUUUUGGACAGAUUUGGAUUCGCCUGAUAUUCAUCCUGCUGGUUGGUGUGCCAAGACUAGUUAUCCAUUGCAGCCUCCUCUAACGGAAAGGGAUUUCAAGAAAGUUCCAGGACAAGGCGGUUGUCCAAUACAAGGAUGUAUCGGCGUUGGUCAUAUCAGGGGCUCGAAGUUUGCUGGUCAUCACAGUGAAUUCGGAUGUCCAUACUCGCAACAAAAUCUCCAUAAACAACUAUUACAUGACAGAUUAACAAGAUCACGACUUUCUACCAAUACAAGAGAGGACAUUCCGCGUAAUAAAAGUGGUUCGGAUGUAGAAGCAACCAACAACGAUGAUAUAAGACCUGCAAAAAUCAGGAGAACAAGAAAAUCGUUAAUAUCCGAAAGAGAAGCAACGCCGACAAAGCCUGAAACUACAACUUUGGUGUCAAGCAGGGAAUUGGAUAAUUUGAUUGACGACCAAGGGAAAAGUCAUUUCUCAACGACGAAUCAUUCGGUCUUCAUUUCUGCUCUGUCAUCAUUUCCUAAUUAUGAUUUGCCACUGUGCUGGGACCAACAAUCGAAAAUUUUACCAGGUGUCAAAGGUUUAACUGUGAAUGAGAUGUCAAAAUGGUCGAUAUCUGAGGUAGUUAAGUUUAUUACUGACCUCACUGGUCGUUCAGAGUACGGAAAUAUUUUUAAAGCUGAGGAAAUUGACGGAGAAGCCAUGUUACUUUUAACUCAAACUGACAUUGCCAAAGUUCUUAACAUAAAAUUGGGCCCGGCCGUGAAAAUCUACAAUGCAAUACUGCUUGUCAAAGCGGCUGAACAUUUACCAGUUUGAUGACUAUCAGAGGAAGAUGUCAAUUCUUUCAUAAUACCUUUUCUAGUUGGCCUUUUGUUUCUUCGCGUACCGGUAUCUUGCUCCAUUGCAUUGGUUUCUUUUUCAUAAAAGUUCUUCCUCAGAA